CAUACUCCCCUGCCCCGAGGAGCGUCCCCUGGCGGCGCCGACGCUGUCGCCGCCCCAUCCCCUCACCGGGGGACGGUACAGAGCUCAGACCCCCGUCCCUGGUGGUCGGCGUAGGCGAGCAAGCCGCCGCCGCCGCCGCUCCGCCAUCGCCUUUCAAAGUGCCAAACCUCGCAAGGCCGCAACCACCCUCGCUCCACAUCUCGUCCACGCCCAUGUCAUCGCCGGCGCCCGAGAGGAGGCGCUCCACACGGCGGCGGCCCGAACUGUCCUACGCCGAAGCGGACCCCGACGCGGAGCUCGAACGCGGUGGAAAGCGCCGGCGCAGUGCGGCGGGUACACCCAACCGUAAGAGCGGCGCCGACAAGGGCGAGUCGAAACGUAGGCGGGGCUUGGCGGCGAUCGAAGACGACGACGACGACAUGUGCGCGUCGGAGCCGGACGCGGAGGAGAUGCGUAGGGAGGAAGAGGAGGAGGAAGCCGCCGCGCUCGAGGCGGAGGAGCAGGCCAACGCGGCGACGCUUGGCGCCAGAAGGAAGAGGAGGGUGGCGACGAGGCUGAUGAGCAAGCAGAAGAAGGAGGAGGACCACUUUGUCGGCGACCCGAUACCAGAUGACGAGGCGCGGCGACGGUGGCCGGAGAGGUACAAACCCAAGGAUCCACAACUUAGCACUAAGAAGCGGUCGGAUGCAACCGAGGAGGAAAAGAGUGCUCGGUGCCACUACAGAUCUGCUAUUGUGGAAGGUGCCAGUUUCAAUCUUGGAGAUGAUGUCUACGUCCAGGCUGCUCUUGGCGAGGAUGAUUACAUUGGAAGGAUUACUGAAUUUUUCAAAGGAGUUGAACAUGAAUCAUAUUUCUGUUGCCGUUGGUUUUACCGUGUGGCUGAUACGGUUAUCACACCAAAGUUGUUGAAGGUUCCUGAUCAUGAACAUGAUCAUGAGCGUGUUUUCCUUUCAGAGGAAAAGGAUGAUAACCUGAUUGAGUCAAUUAUCUCGAAAGUAAAUAUUACUUAUGUUGGCCCUAACUUGACACAACAAGAAAAAGCUGAGCUUAUAUCAAAUUCAGACUUGUAUUAUGACAUGACGUAUUCAGUGGCAUAUUCCACAUUUGCCAAUGUGCCACCGGAAAAUGGUGGCCCAACAGGCAGCGAAACAACAUCAGAUAUUUCUUGUGACAAUGUUGACUCUCCUAGGGAAAAAACAAUUGCUGACCUUCCAGUACCACCUGAUGCACAAAUGGAAACAGCGACACUGCUGGAUUUAUACUCUGGCUGUGGUGCCAUGUCAACCGGGCUUUGCCUGGGUGCUCCAUUGUCUGGCUUAAAAUUGACUACAAAAUGGGCUGUAGACAUGAACGAAUAUGCUUGUGACAGUCUAAAGCACAACCACCCACGCACACAUGUACGAAACGAGAAGGCCGAGAAUUUUCUUAAACUCCUUCAGGAGUGGGAUAGACUUUGUAAGUUAUAUGACGUCCAUAAUAGCACUUUUCUACCACGGAUUUCGAAUGAUGAUGAAGAUGACGAAAAUGGAGCAAAUGAACCUCUUUCAGAGGAUACUUUUGAGGUUGAGAAGCUUGUUGAUAUAUGCUAUGGUGAUCCAAACAAAAUUGAAAGAGACGGCUUGUGGUUUAAGGUACGGUGGAAAGCAUAUGAUUCCAGCCAUGAUACCUGGGAGCCCCUUGAUGGCCUUAGAGAUUCUCCACAAUGUAUUAAAGAUUUUGUGGAGAGUGGAUAUAGGGAAUCCAUUUUACCCUUGCCUGGUCAUGUGGAUGUUAUCUGUGGAGGUCCUCCGUGUCAAGGAAUUAGCGGACUUAAUAGACACAGGAAGCAUAAAGAUCCGCUGGCGGAUGAAAAAAAUAAACAGAUCCUUGUGUUUAUGGACAUUGUCAACUACCUGAGACCCAAAUACGUUCUUAUGGAGAAUGUCGUAGACAUUCUACAAUUUGCAGAUGGCUUUCUUGGGCGUUAUGCAUUAAGUCAUCUCGUCGCCAUGGGUUACCAAGCUAGACUUGGGAUUAUGGUUGCAGGAUGUUAUGGGCUACCACAAUUUAGGAUGCGAGCUUUUCUCUGGGGAGCUCUUCCUUCAAUGGUACUUCCAAUGUUUCCUCUUCCCACCCAUGUUGCCACUAAACGAGGACAAAACGUGCCAAAUAAAUUCUCGGUACGAGAAUACAUCUUUGUGGUCUUCUUUCUCCCUAUAAGUUAUAUUGUUUUUCUGCAGGUUGGAAACCAUCAAACUAAAGAUGUGAUGGCAUAUAAAAGUAGGCCCAACACGGAUUUACAAUGCUAUAUCCGUCUCAACCGCAAAGACAUGGGGGACGACUCGCUUGGAGAUGCCACUCCAAAGGAAGCUCAGCUAUUUGAUCAUCAGCCGCUUGAAUUGAAUAAGGAUGAUUACGAAAGAGUGCAGCACAUUCCCCAAAAAAAGGGGGCAAACUUCCGCAACUGGAAAGGUGUCCGGGUUGGAAAAAACAAAAGCGUUGAGUUUGAUCCGAAUAUUCCUCGUGAAUUUCUUUCGUCGGGGAAGCCUUUGGUCCCUAAUUAUGCUAUGACGUUCGUCAAGGGGAAGUCACUGAGACCAUUUGGACGCCUGUGGUGGGAUGAGACCGUGUCGACUGUUGUGACCAUAGCCAAGCCUCACAGCAAAGCUAUUUUGCAUCCCAAUCAGAACAGAGUUCUGACCGUUAGAGAAAACGCAAGGCUGCAGGGCUUCCCAGAUUACUAUAGGCUGUUUGGCCCCAUAAAACAAAAAUAUAUCCAAGUUGGGAACGCCGUCGCUGUUCCUGUAGCCCGAGCCCUGGGGUAUUCACUGGGACAGGCAUACCAGCAGGGUGAAUUCAGUGGAGAGCAGCGCCCCUUGUUCAAACUGCCUAGGAACUUCGUCCCUGUGGCCCAAGCAACAGCUACAAGAUUGCAUCAAGGAUCUUCUGCAGGCGAAGUAGUGGAGGAAGAAUAAUUCUUUUGACCGACUGUUGAUUUUCAGCAAUAUGCUUGCUGCCGAAACAUUGUCAUCUAUUCUGGAACACCGAGUUGUCCAGCUCACGGAAGGGCUGAAACAUGUUGCCAAGUUUAUUUAUUUUACCAUUGCUACUAUUCAUUCAAAUUUUAAUAUUGAAACGGAAUGGGCGAUCUUGUUUAUUCUGAUUACCGUA